GAAACCACAUUCUGCAAGGGUGCAAACACAGUAUAAAGGUGCAGGGUCACACACAUGCAAAUGAUACUAUUUGAGAUAAUAUACAUCAGAGGAGGUUCUGGGGUUGUCAGACUCAGAGUCAGUCUGCCAUUUUCAGCCAAUCUGCUGUGAAAUGGAAGUUCUGCUGAUGGCGGUCCUUCUCAAUGCUUUCUGCUUACAUCAAGGACUCCAGGGUGCAGCGAUUUCUUAUAAUGAAAAUGGGACCUACACUAACAGAAGUGACGAGCUUGUGAAGAAACAGCCGAGGCAGUUUGUGCAGUUGACUGGAGGCAAUGACCGCUGUGCAGGUCGGGUGGAGCUGUUUGGCACUGGAGGCUGGGGCACAGUGUGUGAUGAUGGAUGGAACUUAAAAGGAGGAGAUGUGGUGUGUGAACAGCUGGGCUGUGGCACUGCUUUAUGGGUAACGGAGGCUGGUGAUAUUGGCCCCGGCUCUGGUCCUAUUUACAUCAGACAACUAAAUUGCAAUGGGACAGAGAGAAACCUCUGGCAGUGUGAGACUAUACUAGAUGAAGGCAAAAACUACUGCGGCCACAAGGAGGAUGCUGUAGUGGUGUGCUCAGGAAGUUCCUACAGACCGGCUAUCACAAUGAAUACAUUCAUGCCAGAUUUCACAAACUGGACAACAGAAACUGUAAUAGAGGUAGCUGCUGAGGACAACCAUGAUGGGAUUUCAACACCAGUCCUGGGUUGCAUUGGUCUCUCUGUCACUCUGUUCUUACUGCUGGCUUUAAAUGCUGCUCAAUGUGCACACCGCAAAAGACGAAAUGGAGGAACUGAAACCAUAAGACCAUCACAAGCCUCACGGCGAGACAAUUCUGACACUUCAAGUGAAUCUGAUUUUGAACGUUACUACAACCCUGACCCUCCACCUACUACUGUGAAUAACAAUGAGCACACUCAUGCCCUUGAUUCAGAGAGCACAUCCUCAGGGGAAUGUUAUGAAAUAACAGAAACUGAAACGGAGAACCUUUUGAAUCCAGCUGUUAACCAGUUUUAUCCUGAGCACUGCAUACAGAUGACACCUUUGCACAAUACCAGUGAACCAGCUAAAAUUGACUCAGCGGACUCGUUUGAUUCGGACAGCACAUGCUCUGGAGAAUGCUACGAAAACACAGCAAAUGCUGAAGCUUGUCUCCAGACACUGGAGGGAGACCCAUUACUUCCUGAGCAGCCCCCCCUGAGUCACCCCAAACCUCAGAUGGCAGGAAACAGCAGUAUUUCCCACCCAUACUCCACUGAACAAGCUGUUAACCAGUUUUAUCCAGAGCACUGCAUACAGAUGACACCUUUGCACAAUACCAGUGAACCAACUAAAACUGACUCAGCAGACUCGUUUGAUUCGGACAGCACAUACUCUGGAGAAUGCUACGAAAACACAGGAGUGAAUACUGAAGCUUGUCUCCAGACAUUGGAGGGAGACCCUUUACUUCCUGAGCAGCCCCCCCUGAGUCACCCCAAACCUCAGCUGGCAGGAAACAGCAGUGUUUCCCAGCCAUACUCCACUGAACAAGAUGACAGCAGCACAUCAUCUGAGGAAGCUUAUGAAAAUGUUGCAGAACUAGAGGGGAUUUACUUUGCUAGAAGUGAACAAUCAGUCCACUCCUCUUCAGACAGUGACUAUGAUGAAGUCGGUAAUUGGUGAAUGCUGAAACCACUGAUACUGACAAGCUCAGAUCGAAACAGUACUCCAGGAAAUGCUUGCUACCAUAUUUAUUUAACAUCUAGAGGUUACAUUUUUAAAAUAAAAUCUUUCAGAUUUUUUUCUA